AUGCAUAAUGAGAAUAAUAAUGAACAUCAAAAUUUAUAUUUAUCUGCAUAUGAUAAACAAGCAUAUAACGAAAGUGAUGUUAUUAUCAGUGUCAUUGGUGAAAAAAUUACUAAUUAUAGACAUAUACAUAAUUAUUAUGGUGAAAUGAUGUUUUUUAAUGUAACGAAAGUACGGGAAAGUAGAACAUUGCAAUUCGCUGAUCUAAGACUUUUUAAAAAAUCUUAUAAAACCCAAAAUUAUCAAAAUGAUAACAGUAAGAACAUUUCUUUUGAAGACAAUUGUGACUUUUAUUUUAUUGAAGUGUACGAACUCAGAAAAUCUAAAAAUUUGAACCAUCAUCUUGUGACCAAAUCAGUUGUCAAUAAGAACUAUGAAGGAUGGAUUACACUAAAUAUCAGUUCGUUGUUCUAUAAAUGGUUACGUCAUCCGGAAACAAAUAAUGGAAUUUAUGUUAAUGUUUUUCCAAUGAAUGAAUCUUGCGAAAAUAAAAAUUUGACUUUAGGUGACAUUGGAAUCGUUAAUGUUGAGUCGGAACCUAAACGAGACAUGGAUCCAUUUAUUGUAGGAUAUUUGAAAACGAGCUACGGAAUUGAUGAUAGUUUUCUUGAUGAUUCCGUCAAUGACUUUCGGCUGAAGCGAGAUUUAAGACAGCUUAUAAUUGAUAAAAGUUAUCAUGUUCCAAAAGUUCGUAAGCAUGUUGGCCGAUACGGUUCGUGUCAAGUGAGACCAUUUACGAUAUCUUUUUCUGAUUUUGGAUGGGCUGAUUUUAUAAUAGCACCUGUAGAGUAUAAACUAUCAUUUUGUGCCGGUGACUGUUCAUUGUCUAGUUUCAUAACGGAGAGAGAUACUAUGCACAGUUACUUACAAUUAUUAGCUCACAGUGCAUAUCCUGACCGAGUACCAAUUCCGUGUUGUGCGGCUAAAAAAUUCUCAUCAAUGGACAUUCUUUAUUAUGGUAAUAAUCAGAAUAUUAUUCUAGAAAAGAUGAAACGAAUAGCUGUUGCCAGUUGUCAGUGCCUUUGA